AUGCCUUCUAAAUAUCAACGCAGUGUCCUCAUCACCGGUGGCACUUCAGGACUAGGCUAUCACUGCGCCUUAGCCAUCGCUCGCAAGCGUCCAGAUUACCAAGUCAUAAUCGCAUCCCGCUCAGACCUCGAUGCCUCUGCCAAAUCCAUUAACAAGCUCCUCAACCAAGAAAAUGUCAGUUUCCUACGACUCGAUCUUUCCUCCCUCGCACAGGUCCGCGCCUUUGCCGAGGAAUGGAAGGCCAACCAAUUCCCGCCAAUCCAGUCACUCGUCUUCAACGCUGCCUUACAGUUCCCUGCGGCAAUUGAGUACACAGAAGACGGAUUCGAGAAAACUUUUGCCAUCAGCCACAUCGGGCACGCACUCCUUUUCUCCCUCUUACAUCCCCAUCUUGACGAAACCGCGCGCGUCGUGAUUGUAUCCAGCGGAACACACGAUCCCGCUCAGAAAACCGGCAUGCCUGAUGCGAAGUAUACUUCCGCUGAGGAAUCCGCGCACCCACCUCCCCUCUCAGCCAAAGAGAGCGGACGCAAGCGAUACUCCAGCACCAAGCUGUCUAAUGUCCUCUACGCAUACGCCAUGCACAGACGCUUUGCUGCUAUCAACGAGAAGAACGGGAAACAUUGGACGGUUACGUCGAUGGAUCCUGGUCUUAUGCCAGGGACGGGCUUGACAAGAGAAGGCAGCCGAGUUGAGAAAUUCCUCUGGCUGCGUGUCUUGCCGCACAUCCUCCCGCUUUUGCGGUUGCUUGUCUCGCCGAAUAUUCAUACUCCUCAGGAGUCUGGUGAAGCGCUGGCUAGGUUGGCUGUUGGGGCUGAUGUUGAGGGGGUUAGCGGUGUGUACUAUGAGGGCUUGAGGGAGAUUAGGUCUAGUGAUGCGAGCUACGAUGUGGCGAAGCAAGAAGAUCUGUGGAAGUGGACUGUUGAGACUGUGGCUUGUGAUCAUCAGGAGAAGAUGGCAUUUUUGUUGGAAUAG